GGCCUGGCAACGUCACUCGGCCAGGGAACGCCCUCCAGGUACCCGGUUCGGUUCCCCGCCUGGGACCCUCGGACGCUUGGGCUCUGUGGAGUUACGUGACGGAGGUUGGGGUCGGGCUUCUUUUCCUCCCUUGGCGCUGCCUGGGGAGCCCCGGCGCUGAUCCUGAGGGGUUCCAGGGCGGGGGUUGCGGGGGGCGGAGACUACGUGUCGAGAGUGAGGGGCAGCGAUCCCACCCUGACCCCCCGCCUCGCAGCUGUCCCGAUGCAGGAGCCGCACCCCCGCCGGAGGCCGCGUGCUGGGCCCCCGCCGGGCCCGGGGGUCGAGGCGCCAGCGGGAUCCCCCCAGGACGGGCCGAGCCGCACCCGGCGCCUGCUGGGCUUCGACUGGUGGGAGCUGAGCAGCUGGACCCCCCUCGUCCGCCUCCUCAACCGGCCCACGGACCCAGCCUCCCUGGCUGCCUUCCGCUUCCUCUUUGGCCUGUUGAUGGCACUGGACAUCCCACAAGAGCGGGGGCUGGGCUACCUGGACCACAAGUACCUGGACGGGCUGGAGGUCUGCCGUUUCCCUCUCUUCGACAGCCUGGUUCCCCUGCCCCUUGACUGGAUGUACCUGCUCUACCUGCUCAUGCUGCUGGGCGCCAUGGGCGUGAUGCUGGGUUGCGCCUACCGCCUGAGCUGCCUGCUCUUCCUGCUGCCCUACUGGUACGUCUUCCUGCUGGACAAGACCACCUGGAACAACCACUCCUACCUCUAUGGCCUGCUGGCCUUCCAGCUCAGCCUGCUGAGCGCCCAACGCUGCUGGUCCAUUGAUGGGCUCCUAAACCCCCGGAAGCGCAACACCCCAGUGCCCCUGUGGAACUACACGCUGCUGCGGGCACAGAUCUUCAUUGUCUAUUUCAUUGCGGGCAUCAAGAAGCUGGAUGCUGAUUGGGUGGGCGGCUAUUCCAUGGGCUCUCUGGCUCGCCAUUGGCUCUUCAGCCCCUUCCGGCUGGUGCUGUCGGAGGAGAUGACAAGCCUGCUGGUGGUGCAUGGCGGGGGCCUGGUCCUGGAUCUGUCAGCCGGCUUCCUGCUCUUCUUUGAUGUCACCCGGCCUGUGGCCCUCAUCUUUGUCACUUAUUUCCACUGCAUGAACUCCCAGCUCUUCAGCAUCGGCAUGUUCCCCUAUGUGAUGAUGGCUGCCAGUCCACUGUUCUGCCACCCAGCCUGGCCACGCUGCCUGGCUGCCAGGGUGCCCAUGUGCCUGCGCUGGGCCUUGCCCUCCCUGGAGCCCCCGGAACCCAGCCCCCAGAAUCAGAGCCAGGGGCCGAGGUUGCGACAGCACCUUGGGGCUGCCUUCACCCUGCUUUACGUGCUGGAGCAGCUCUUCCUGCCCUACUCCCACUUCAUCACCCAGGGCUAUAACAACUGGACCAAUGGGCUGUAUGGCUACUCGUGGGACAUGAUGGUUCACUCCCGCUCCCAUCAGCAUGUGAAAAUCACCUACCGUGAUGGCCUCACAGGCGAGGUCGGUUACCUCAAGCCAGGGGUAUUUACCCAGAGCCGCCGCUGGAAGGACCACGCUGACAUGCUGAAGCAGUAUGCCACCUGCCUCAGUGAGCGCCUAGCCUCCUACAACGUGUCCCAGCCACACAUCUACUUCGAUGUUUGGGUGUCCAUCAAUGACCGUUUUCAGCAGCGCCUCUUUGACCCACGGGUGGACAUCGUGAGGGCUGAGUGGUCGCCUUUCCGGCCCACACCGUGGCUGCAGCCACUGCUUGUGGAUCUGUCACCCUGGCGCACUCGGCUGCAGGAGAUUGAGGGCUCCCUGGACAACCACACCGAGGUGGUCUUCAUUGCUGACUUUCCAGGCUUGCACCUGGAGAACUUUGUGAGCGAGGACCUAGGCAACACAAGCCUGCAGCUGUUGCAGGGGAAGGUAGUUGUGGAGAUCAUGGCUGAGGGCCGCAACCACACACUGUUCCAGGGUGACCAGCUCCAGCUGCCAGCAGGUGCCUACCACAAAGUGCACACAGUGUCUUCAGAGCCCUCGUGCUACAUGUACAUCUACAUCAACACCACAGACCUGGCCCUGGAGCGCAACCUCACCCGGCUGCAGGAGCUGCACGACCGUGUGCAAAAUGGCUCUGAGGUGGAGCCAUUGCCACCUGAGCUGCAGGCACUGCUGAGCAGCACCGAAGGGGAAGGGGAGGUAGCACCUGGCACAGACCCACUGGUCAGGACCUUCCUGCACCGGCAGCGCCGCCUGGAGGAGCUGCAGCGCCGGCGCCUUGAGCCCCUGGGCCAGCGCCUGGUACGCUUUGCCACCCGCAAGUACUUCCUCUUCCGCCGCAGCCUGUUGAUGACCCUGAUCUCAGUGAGGAACCUGGUAUUGGGGCGCCCCCCGCUGGAGCAGCUGGCACAGGAGGUGGCCUAUGCCAACAUGCAGGAGCCUGGUGCUCGGCCCCAGCCCCCCAAGCACAGUGAGCUGUGAGCUACAGGGAACCCAGGCAUCCAAGGAGUGGCUCACACUGUGCCUAUGCAGCCGGGGCAGCCCAGACACCUGAGUUCUUUUCAGUGUCUUGGGAAGGCUGUGGUGGGGGUUGGUGCCAGGACUGCCUCAGAGGAGGGGUCAGCUUUCUCAAGGUGCCAGAACCUCCCCCUGCCCUUCACUGCAAGGGGACCACUAUCACUUCACAAGGGGUUUCAGCCUCUCCAAUAAACCUUUGUUUCUAGCCU